CAGAUGUCCAGUGAGAGGCUCCUGGCUGAUUAGAUCAGCUGCCAGCAAGGAGGGACACCUGUGGAAGGCAGAAGUGACCUUUGCAGCAAUGAGAUUCCUCAGCCACUCGCUGCUCCUGAGGUUCUUGGGUCUCUCAUCCCAGCGUGUGUCAGCAGGGCUGAGGCAAACUCCUGUGCUCAGCCCCAAGCAAUCGUCUCUGAGGGAGAGCUUCAGCACAAGAUCAGGGCUGGUGACUGCUGCUGAGGUGGUCAAAUACUGGCAAAAAGUGUUUGAGGCAAACGGGAUCCCUGAAGCACGUGAAUCCAGUGAAUAUAUCGUGUCCUUUGUCCUGGGAGCAAAAACAUUUCAGAGUUUGAACUCCAGACUCCUAUGCACUCUGCUCACCGCAGUGCAGCAGGAACAGAUCCAGCAGCUGAGCACCAAGCGACUGGAAAGGAUGCCAGUACAAUAUGUUCUUGGUGAGUGGGACUUUCAGGACCUGACUCUGAAGAUGAGGCCCCCGGUAUUUAUUCCUCGACCUGAGACAGAGGAUCUCGUCUCCUUAGUAGUGGAGGAAGGAUGUUGGAAAUAUGAGGAGGGGAAUUCAGGGCUCCUCUGCUCAGCUGCUGUCCCUCGUCCUGUGAUCCUGGAGAUUGGCUGUGGCUCUGGAGCAGUUGCCCUGAGCCUGCUAUGCAGACUGCCCCAGAGCCGGGUGAUAGCUGUGGAUAAAGAGGAAGCUGCUGUGGAUCUCACCAGGGAGAAUGCGCAGAGGCUGCAACUCCAGGACCGGAUCCACAUCCUCCACCAAGAUGUUUCAUCCUGUUCUGCCAAACAGCUGCUGCCUUGGGGCCCUGUAGACUUCGUAGUGAGUAACCCGCCGUAUAUCUUCCAUGAAGACAUGGCAACCCUGGCUCCAGAGAUCCUCGGCUACGAGGACCUUGAUGCGCUGGAUGGAGGAGAUGACGGCAUGAGAGUCAUCACAACAAUUCUGGCUCUGGCUCCUUCUCUCCUGAAGGAUUCAGGGAGUGUGUUUCUGGAAGUUGAUCCCAGACACCCACGGAUGGUGGAUAACUGGCUACAGAGACACCCCGAAUUGUUACUCACUCUUUGUGCUGUCCACGAGGACUUCUGUGGCAAGCCUAGGUUUCUGCACAUCCAAAAACAAGGAAGCCGCUAACUGUACC